UGAAAUUGCAGCUGAUUUCACCAUCAGCACACUGCCUUUCUCCAUCUCCUCGCUCUCAGCGACGUGAUGCAAGCUCGCACACGUUGAUGAUGUCAUCACUGCAUCCUCAGCAUCCUCAGCUCCAUCAUCACAGCCAUUUUGUGCUUCUGCUCUCUCCAUCCUGCCCUCCCUCCCUCCUCCCUCCCUUCUCCCUCUCGUCUCCUUCCUGAGCCCACACCGAGUCCUGACGCACCACUGAGUACCAGGCCCCUGCAGACAAACACACACACACACACACACACACACAUACACACACACUGUGAUGCUGUGUCUGAUGUGCUGAUCCAGGGAGAGGCUGAGACCCUGCGCACACACACACACACACACACACACACACACACAGCGAGAGGAAAACAAGGCAGACGAGGACGACAGGCUCAAUGGAAUAACAUCCAGCACCAGAAGGCUCCCCGGGACUUUCACCAUCACGGAGAUUGGGUGGAACUCGGCCUGCGUUUCUCCUCCACCUGCGGCUCUAAACGUCUCUCAUCAUGGCAGGAGCGUCGGUGAAAGUAGCCGUCAGGGUUCGACCCUUCAACUCCAGAGAGAUCAGCAAAGAGAGCAAGUGCAUUAUUCAGAUGUCGGGGAACACCACCACGAUCAUCAACCCUAAACAGCCGAAAGAGAACAAGAGCUUCAACUUUGACUAUUCGUACUGGUCUCACACAUCGCCGGAGGAUGUUAACUACGCCUGUCAGAAACAGGUGUACAAGGACAUUGGCGAGGAGAUGCUGCUUCACGCAUUCGAAGGCUACAAUGUCUGCAUCUUUGCGUACGGCCAGACCGGAGCGGGAAAAUCCUACACCAUGAUGGGCAAACAGGAGAAAGACCAACAGGGCAUAAUACCUCUGCUCUGUGAAGACCUGUUCACCAAGAUUAAUGACAAUGGAGACAAUAACAUGUCCUACUCUGUGGAGGUCAGUUAUAUGGAGAUCUACUGUGAGCGAGUGAGAGAUCUGCUGAACCCGAAGAAUAAAGGAAACCUGCGUGUGAGAGAGCAUCCACUCAUGGGGCCGUACGUGGAAGAUCUGUCCAAGAUGGCCGUCACGUCCUACAACGACAUCCAGGACCUGAUGGACUCGGGCAACAAAGCCAGAACCGUAGCAGCUACGAACAUGAACGAGACGAGCAGUCGCUCUCACGCCGUCUUUAACAUCAUCUUCACACAGAAACGCUUUGACAGCGACACGGACAACACCUCAGAAAAGGUCAGCAAAAUCAGCCUGGUGGACUUGGCAGGCAGCGAGAGAGCCGACUCAACUGGAGCCAAAGGCACCAGGCUGAAGGAAGGAGCGAACAUUAAUAAAUCCCUGACCACACUGGGCAAAGUGAUUUCUGCUUUAGCUGAAAUGGACUCAUUACCAAACAAGAACAAGAAGAAGAAGAAAGUGGAAAGCUUCAUCCCCUACAGAGACUCUGUACUCACCUGGCUGCUCAGGGAGAACCUGGGUGGAAACUCACGUACUGCCAUGGUAGCUGCUCUGAGUCCUGCAGAUAUUAACUAUGACGAGACUCUCAGCACUCUCAGGUAUGCUGACCGUGCGAAACAGAUUCGUUGUAAUGCAGUCAUUAAUGAAGAUCCCAACAACCGUUUGGUGCGUGAGCUGAAGGAGGAAGUGGCUCGUCUGAAGGACCUGCUGUACGCCCAAGGCCUCGGUGAUAUCAUUGAGACCUAUCGAGGUGCUGGUCCUGGAAUACCUGCCCUGAAAUUGACCAAUGCGAUGACAGGGAUGAGUCCCUCUCCCUCUCUCUCGGCUCUCUCCAGCCGAGCCGGAUCCAUCAGCAACUUACACGACCGGAUCAUAUUCACCCCCGGCAGUGAGGAAGCCAUCGAGAGGCUUAAGGAAACAGAGAAGAUCAUCGCAGAGCUCAAUGAGACGUGGGAGGAGAAACUGCGGCGCACUGAGGCCAUCAGGAUGGAGAGGGAGGCUCUUCUGGCUGAAAUGGGCGUGGCCAUUAGGGAAGAUGGAGGCACUGUCGGAGUGUUUUCACCCAAAAAGACGCCUCAUCUGGUCAAUUUGAACGAAGACCCGCUGAUGUCCGAGUGUUUACUGUACUACAUCAAAGACGGAAUCACCAAGGUGGGCCGUGAGGAUGCUAGCUGUAGGCAGGACAUUGUCCUGAGUGGACACUUCAUUAAAGAAGAGCACUGCAUCUUCACGAGCAGCGCUGGACCUUCAGGAGACGGAGUGGUGGUACUGGAGCCGUGUGAGGACGCAGAGACAUAUGUCAACGGCAAGAGAGUGACUGAGCCCACAGUUCUCAGAUCAGGGAACCGUAUCAUCAUGGGAAAGAGCCAUGUGUUCCGAUUUAAUGACCCAGAGCAGGCAAGGCAGGAACGGGAGAGGACGCCGUGUGCCGAGACCCCCAUGGAGCCUGUGGACUGGGCCUUCGCUCAGCGGGAGCUUCUGGAGAAACAGGGCAUAGACAUGAAACAGGAGAUGGAGCAGAGACUGCAGGAGCUAGAGGAUCAGUACCGCAGAGAGCGAGAGGAGGUGAGCAACCUUCUGGAGCAGCAGAGACUGGACUAUGAGAGUAAGCUUGAGGCUCUUCAGAGGCAGGUUGACUCCCGAUAUUACCCAGAAACUACAGAAGAGGAAGAGGAACUAGAAGAAGAAGUGCCGUGGACUAAGCGGGAAACUGAGCUGGCACUCUGGGGUUUCCGGAAAUGGCGCUUCUACCAGUUCACUUCACUGCGGGAUCUGCUGUGGGGCAACGCCAUCUUUCUCAAAGAGGCCAAUGCCAUCAGUGUCGAGCUCAAGAAGAAGGUUCAGUUCCAGUUCGUUUUACUGACGGACACGCUUUACUCCCCGCUCCCUCCUGAUCUCCUGCCUCCCAGCGUCGCUAAAGACCGUGAGACGAGACCUUUCCCUCGCACUAUCGUAGCUGUGGAGGUGCAGGAUCAGAAGAACGGAGCCACUCAUUACUGGACCUUAGAAAAAUUAAGGCAGAGGUUGGACCUGAUGAGGGAGAUGUAUGAUCGAGCAGCUGAUAUUCCCAGCAGCACCGUGGAGGACUGUGACCACGCCCUGACCGGCGGCGACCCCUUCUACGAUCGCUUCCCCUGGUUCCGCCUCGUCGGGAGCACUCCCAUUCUGAACACGUGCAUGAGCGAGCGCAUGAGAGACCCCUCCCCCUCCCCCACCCUCUCCGAGCCCGACUCGGACGUAACUGAGCUCGCAGACGAGCGGCAUUAUGGAAAGGAGGAGGAGGAGGAGGAGGAGUUGGAGGACCUGGACGAUGAGAUCAGUAUGGAGGAGGGUCAUCAGUGCCGAGGCCAGGACCCCUUUUACGACCGCUGGCCUCUGUUCAGUUUAGUGGGAAGGGCGUUUGUGUACCUGAGUAACCUGCUGUACCCCGUCCCUCUGGUGCACCGUGUGGCGAUAGUGAGCGAGAAAGGCGAGGUGAAGGGUUUCCUCCGGGUCGCCGUGCAGGCCGUCUCAGCUGAUGAAGAAGCUCCAGAUUACGGCUCGGGCGUCAGACAGUCAGGAACAGCUAAGAUCUCGUUUGAGGAUCAGCAGUUUGAGAAGUUUCAGACAGAGUCAUGUUCAGGGGGAAUGUCGCACUCUAACACGUCUCAGGAGGAACUGCGCAUCGUAGAGGGAGAAGGACAAAACGCCGACACGAGUCUCUCAGCCGACGAGGUCAACAACAACACCUGCACAAUCACCCCUGAUGUUCCUGGAAGUCCUCAGAAGGAAGGUGUGGAGGGUGGAGGGGACGCUGUACAGGAACAAACACUUCCACACCUGAAGAUUGGAAGCAGCUUCACCUUCAGAGUCACCGUCCUGCAGGCGUCCAGCAUCUCAGCCGAGUACGCCGACAUCUUCUGCCAGUUCAACUUUAUCCACCGGCAUGACGAGGCGUUUUCCACAGAGCCGCUGAAGAACACGGGCCGAGGGCCGCCGCUGGGCUUCUACCACGUCCAGAACAUCACGGUGGACGUGACUAAGUCGUUUGUGGAGUACAUUAAGACUCAGCCCAUAGUGUUCGAGGUGUUUGGACAUUAUCAGAAACAGCCGUUCCCUCCUCUGUGUAAAGACCUCAUCAGUCCUCUGCGUCCAUCGAGACGUCAGUUCCCUCGCGUCAUGCCUUUAUCCAAACCAGUUCCAGCGACUAAGCUGAGUGCGAUGGCUCGCUCUUCGGCCGGUCCGUGUCACUGUAAAUACGACCUGAUGGUGUUCUUUGAGAUCUGUGAGCUGGAGGCGAACGGCGAUUAUAUCCCGGCCGUGGUCGAUCACAGAGUGGGAAUGCCCUGCCAUGGAACGUUCCUGCUGCACCAGGGCAUCCAGAGGAGAAUCAGAGUGAUUAUAGCUCAUGAGACAGGAAAUGACAUCGAAUGGAGGGAAGUGAAGGAGCUCGUUAUCGGUCGAAUCCGUAACACUCCCGAAGCUGACGAGACCAUCAUCGACCCCAACAUCCUGUCCCUCAACAUCCUCUCUUCCUCCUACAUCAAACCUUCUUAUGAUGACAGCGUUUCCUUGGGAGUUGACCAUAGGACGUUUUAUCGGUUCGAGGCGGCGUGGGACAGCUCCAUGCACAACUCCCUGCUCCUGAACCGCGUCACGCCGUACGGAGAGAAAAUCUACAUCACGCUCUCAGCGUACCUCGCGAUGGAGAACUGCACCCAGCCCACGGUCAUCACCAAAGACUUCUGCAUGGUGUUCUACUCGAGAGACGCGAAGCUUCCUGCGUCACGCUCCAUCCGUAACCUGUUCAGCACCGGAGCUCUCAGGCCCUUAGAGAGUAAUCGUGUGACUGGAGUGUAUGAGCUCAGUCUGUGCCAUCUUGCAGAUGUCGGAAGUCCAGGAAUGCAGAGGAGGCGUCGGCGUGUGUUGGACACCUCGGUGGCGUAUGUUCGCGGUGAGGAGAACCUCGCUGGGUGGAGGCCUCGCAGUGACAGUCUCAUCCUGGAUCAUCAGUGGGAGUUGGAGAAGCUCAGUCUCCUGCAGGAGGUGGAGAAGACGAGACACUACCUGCUGUUGAGAGAGAAACUGGAAGCGUCUGUGCUGCUGAGUCAGGAGUCUCUGUGCAGUAAAGACCUGAUGGAGUUGCCUAAAUCCCUAAGCCCCAAUCUGGCAGGCAGCCCCAUUCUGGAUGGAUCCAAUGAGAGACAGAGGGAGCUGGCUGCCAAGUGCCUGCGACUGCUCAUGCACACCUUUGACAGGCAGUACAGCCAGGUGAGCAGCAGUGCCAGUGAGAGCAAGCUUUCAGAGAUGUCGGAGUCUCUGCUGAGAGACACUUCCUCCUCUGCUCUGAGCUCACUCACUCCAUCCACGACCUGUCCUUCUCUGGUGGACGGUCACUAUGGAAACCUCGACCUCAGUGGUGCAGAGACUCACUCUGGUGCCUCCAGUCCAGAUUUGGACCCUUUCAGUCCUGAGGAGAGGAAACCUCGAACCUGCACCUUCGUCCCCAACAUCCAGGAGAUCCGUGUCAGCCCCAUAGUGUCUAAGAAAGGCUACCUGCAUUUCCUGGAGCCCCACACCAGCGGCUGGGUGAAGCGUUAUGUGGUGGUGCGGCGUCCGUACGUCUAUCUGUACCGCAGUGAGAGAGACAGCGUGGAGAGAGCCGUCAUUAACCUGUCCUCCGCCCAGGUGGAGUACAGCGAGGAGCAGCACGGCCUCCUGAGGACCCCGAAUGCGUUUGCGGUGGUCACUGAGCAUCGUGGAAUCCUCCUGCAGGCCAGCAACGAUAAAGAAAUGCACGACUGGCUCUACGCCUUCAACCCACUGCUGGCUGGAACCAUCAGGUCGAAACUCUCCAGGACGAAAUCCGCACAGAUGAGGAUGUAAAGGAAAUGUUGAUGAUCCUCCAUCUGAGAUUAAACGCAGAAACUCAACACACUCCUGUGGUGUAAAUACUGGUGUGAAGAUAACAAUAGCCUGUGCCUGCCUGCCUCCCUCUCUACUGCCCCCUGCCUGUGUGUGUGAGAGUGUGUGAGUGUAUGAGUGGGUGUGAAUGUGUGUGUAUGUCAUUAGCAAAAGUCCUAAGUACUGUAACUCGCCGUAACCGCGUUAAAAAUCCCGCUUGUUAGUGAUAAUUAUGAUAAAAAAUCAGCACCAUACGAAACGCCUCCGUUUUAAAAUGUAAAGAGUUUAGCUGCUGUAAAUGCGACACAAUGCUGCAUAUAUAUAUGUGUGUGUGUGUGUGUGUGUGUGUGUGUGCUUCUGUAGGUUAGAUGUGAAGUGUUCCCUGAGCUUUCCCUGAGACGAUAAAAAAGCGAGUUAAUACCAUCAGUGAGGGUUUUUUGGUGUUUGUUGUUUUGGUUACAGAAACAAUUUAACCCAAUAAUCGUUCAAAUACGGACAAUAUGAAAGAAUAAAUUUUAGGCCCUAGGUUUGUGAUUACAGCUUUGGCAAAUGUAAUCCUCAUUCCCUUGUUAAAUACUUAAAAAAAUAUUCACUCAGUUUUUUAUAGGAUUUGUAAUUAGGACACUAGCAAUGUCUUUGCAACCCUCAGCAAAACUAACAUGCACAAUAUAAACUGUGUUCCAAGCAUAAGACCAGCAUAAUUAUAAAAAAGUGGGCGGGGUUAGAAUGAAUAUAUUAUCAGGAGGUAGUUUGGGCGUGGCUCUGAUAUCCCAAUCAAAAUUUCUCUCAUUUCCUUUAAAAGUGUGCGACUGUGUGAAUUCGUAAUGGCGAGAGCUGUGAGGGGGAAAAACAAGACGAAUUACAGAAAAUCAUCGUGUGUGAAGUCGUCUGUUUACAGUGAAGUGAGGAGACAUUAACAGGACCCGUGUUCUUCAGCCCUAUUCGGACGGGAUUGGUUUCUCUGGGUGACAUCUGUAAUAAAUGACAUAAGAAUAAAUAAGUAAAUAAAAUAAAUAAGUUACACAUCUCCUCCAUCAUAAAACUCCCAUGUCCAGGAGGCAAAUAAAUUAAUGCGGGAGAAACGAGUUCAAGGUUGUUGUCUCUGCAAACCUGGAUGAUUGUGUCACAUGUGGUCAUGUGAUCAUGUUUAUUUUUUGUCCUCAUUUAACGUUAGAUGAUUAAGGAACUUACAGUGCAACAGCUGCUCAUUUAAUUAUUUCUAAUUAAUAUUGAAAAGCAGAUAGUGUGUGAUAUUUUGGUAUGUGGCAGAGUUAUAGGAUCCAUAUCGAGGAAGUCCAAAGCAUUCGUCUUUUCAUGAUUCAGAAAGUGGACAUAGGCAAAGUGACUAAAUACAACAAGUAGCAGCGGUUAAACAACAUCUGCCAGAAAUUCACUGACAGGAAUAAAAUGAUCAGAUGACCACAGAAAUGGUCAAAAAAAAACCCCAGAAGGUCAUUUGGUGUGUAAUUUUCUCAGGGGAAGAAGGAAAACACAGGGAGCAGCUGAAAAUGAUGGAGUUUCUAAAGAUCCCCAUGUCAGUGUAAUCCUGUCUGAAUAGGGCUUAUGAGCAGCUGUUACUGGCGCAGAUGUGCAAAAGAUUGGAUUGAAAAAAAAAAAAACAACACAACCAAAUGAACAAUAUUCCGGUGAUAAACCACUAAAGCACAUCUCACUGGGUCAAUGUGGAAAUAGAGCCUGAAUUUUUUGUUAACCUGCGUUUGUAAACGUUUUUUUUUUAACUGUUACUUCUCAUUUAAAAAAAAUCCUAUAAAAAUUAUGAGUGCCAAAACUUUUGAUAACUAUUUAAGAAGGGAAUGGGAAAAAUGCAAGAAUACAACUGGUAUUGAAGAAUCAGUGGAGUUAUUGUAAAGCAUUUAUCAAUACGAAUAAGAAGAUUUUAGUAACAUUUUUUACUCACAUUACUUAAAGUGUUUUAUUUACUAAGCGUCAUAUGUUUAUAACGUUAUUUAUCUACGUUUUCACGUUGCACUUCACAUUGAAGAUGAGUUCGGAUCAUUUUAUUAAGCUUGAUGUACUUUGUUUCUUCUAGAAUUUUUUUUUUUAAUUAAUAUGUUAAAUUUGCACAGAUGUGAAAUCUGGACCUUUGGUGUUAUUGAUGUUAUAGUUUUAAUUUCAAUCACUAAAUUCGGUUAAAUGUUAAAGCUAUCCAUGAGUGUUUGAAGGACACGGAGAUAUAGUGUGUGUAUAUCAGAGCACCUGAAAAAAAAAAGAUGGUAAGAUUAUUAGAAAUAUAUUUAUUACAUAUUAUAUACAAUAUUAUGAUUGCUUAUAAAAUGCAACAAAUUCGCUUUUCCAGAUCCAGUUUCGGUUUUAUAGUAUUGAAAUGAGAGACCAAAAAUGUUUAAAAAUCCCCCUGAUGAAAAAAAUGUAAGAUUUCUAUUGGGUUUAUUGUGUUUCUGGUGGUGUGUAAUGGAGGCUUAAUGGAAUUUGUCAUUCCUAAUGGUUCCUUAUCUAAUUUUAUUCUCAUACUAACCACAAUGAAAGAGGUCCUGGUGGAUUCUGGAGAUAUUUUAACCAUUUGCUAAAGGAAGCCUUUAGGAAUCUGAUGGAAACCAUUACGCCGAUUCCCAUCACAUAAUGGAAACCAAUAGAGCUUUUCCAAAUGGACUGGUUUUAUGUGGAAGUGGAUGAAUUUGGACUAUUUCUAGAGUUUAAAGUCUAGAAAUGUAAUCGUUCGUUUGUCUAAAACGUAGCUACACAUCAGAGACGUGGUAGCGCAGGACGUCAUUUGCGUUGACUGACAUGUUGACUGAAGGAAAACCUGCUCGUGUCAUGUUGGUGUUGGUGGGAGAUGAUCAGCCAGUCAUUCGCCACCACUUCAGAUGUGUUUUUGUGUGUUAGAACAGAGCCAGUCCUGAAGUGUCACUCACAAUUUUUGUUUAAAUGAUACUAAUUUUAGUAGUAAUUUAAUAGGAGGCAGUCAUUUUCUCUGACAAAACCAGCACAGAACUCUCUGAACUGUGAAUUUUCCUCUCCCAGUGUGCUAGUUACCUCUUUAAACAGGCUACUCAUGAGCUAGCAUUGUACCAAGCAAGCUAAAACCUGGGUCUAGCAUUACAGAACUCAUUUUCUUACCUAACAUGGAGGAUGUGAUGUGACUGAUCAGUAAAUUCAAUGAUAUUUUUUCCCUUUAAUAUCUAGAAGUUGUUAAAAUGAACAGUGCUAUGAGUUAGCAUGAAAUCUGCCUAGUGAAUCUGGCUAGCAUGCUAAAUAAACAACACUUUCGCUCGCUUAAGAAGAACAAUUUAGCAGUUAUGGUGAGAUAUUUCAUGUGUAACUAUCCAUGUACAAGUUUUUUUUUUAUUAUUACUGUUUUAAAAAUGUAUCUCGUGCAUUUACACUCAAAACGUUUGCUAGAUAAUUGCUCUUCAGAUCUGAGCUAGCUUGUUAGUUUAUACUGUCUAGUCAGUUUUGAUUAUCAAAUCCAAUUUUUUUUUAGCACAUAACUGACUGGAAAAGAUGCUGCAUGUGUCUGAUUUUUGCCAAAGCACUAGCUAACGACUAGCUAAUAUUUCUGACUAGCCUGUUAGUUUUAAUGAGCAUUUUUUUAAUCAAUCGACUGUUCAUGGUAUAUUAUGGACUCAGAUUGUAGCACUUAUUUAGAUUUUUAACCAAAUACUGCCUUCUAUUAUGUAAAAUCAGAUGCUCUUCUUUAAAUAAAGUGGUGUUUGACAUCUUCAUCUGGCUUUGUUAUAAUAAAAAAAAAAAAAUGUGUGUUAUAAAAUGUGCCUUGGGCCAGCCAACCCACAGAGCACAAAAAAAAAACAAAAAAACCCACACACACACACUUGCCGGUUUUGCAGGUGGUUGAAAUGUCUGUCACACUCCUAUCAAGACUCUAUGAUGUGUGUAUUGAUAUCAGUCAACUUCAGCAUGAUUGUUUUUUUAAAUUGUAUAUUAUAAAAUAAGUCCAGUGAAAAAUAGUGAGUGAAGGAUUUCCAGGUUUGGAGGAUUUAGAGGAUUUGGAGGAUUUCCAGGUUCGGAGGAUUCCAGCGAUGCGUCUCGGUGCUCAGCUCGAGUUUUGUUCGUCCCUUUCCUGUCUCUUUGCUAAUUCUACGUAUGUGACAGCAUGCUGUAUAUAAUUACUCACCUGCCUACAGUAUAUCAGUAGCAUUUACACGAUAAUACUAGUUGUAUUAUUUUGGUCAAAAAUGAAGACAGUAAUGUCUACUCGAACCUUCUCCUUCUCCUCCAUUUCAUAAAUUCAUUCCUUCACCCAUGGCAGAGUCUGCAGUGCAUCUCCUGUAGCCGCGUCACCGUUUCAUGCUGUGUAUAUAAACCACAACCGGCACACAGGUGUAACCUCUUUGUAAUCUUCAUGGAUAAGCCGUAGUGUAUUUAGUGCUCAAGAAGUGUUGGACUUGUGUCUUCUAAUGUCUGUGGACACUUAACACUUUGUUGGACGUGAAAUAAAUGUGCAACACGCCA